AUUUAAUAUUAUAAACUACCUGAUGUUGCAAGUUUUAAAUCGCUGAUGCAUAGUCGCUAUAAAGACGACGUUGAAGUUUGGAGCGUUCUUCGAGCGAAAAUUGAAAAUAGCCUUUAUUUAAAAAAAAAACUAUAGAGUAAACUUUAGGAUCGCAAGAUGCGGUUAGAAAUCUGGGUCUCAUUUUUAUUUUAAUGAGUAUUCGUGCUACAAUCACACGGAUAAGGUAUUAUUUCUUGAUAAAGUCCGACUAUUUCACUAGUCAUCUCGUUUAUAGAAGUUUAUUUACUUUUUACUGUUUAUUUAUAAACGGCGUUGUUCGCGUUUCAAUCGGAUGAUUCGACGAGAGAUUCAAACUCCACGGAGAACUGAUUUUUGUAUGUAAAAUUUUACGUUUUAUGAUCGCGUCUUGCGCGCAACUGUUAUUCACGAUGCAUAAAAUGUUCGGACAUAUACGCGGAAAUGUGCGCGACUGCUUGAGAGACACAAGCACGCGUGCUUUCUGCGCUUGCGUCUUCACGUGGAUAUAAAGAAAGGGUCGUCGUUGUUUUACAGUGCGAGGGAAGAACACCGGACGUUACCUAACUGUAAUUCCUUUAAUUAUGUCAUUUACACCGUUAUUUCCUGACGACACGUAAUAGUACCGAGCGAUAUUCGUAAUAGCCGCUUUACGAUCCGCCUUUCGUAAACAGUUUUCACAAUUUUUCUUUUACUUUUUUUGCUGUGUCGUACACUAUUAUCGUGCAUAAUAAAGUGAAUAUGAUUGCUCUCUCGUGUUUUCCCUUUUUCGUUCGCGACCGCGGUCGAAAACUUUUUGUCAUUCGCGUCGCAGAAAUGGAUUUCGACGGUGGUCGAUAUUACACGAUUAAUCGAGUGAUGUUGUCGACUGUCGGUUUAUGGCCAUAUCAAAGCGUAUGGUUCACUCGGAUACAAAGAGUUUUUUGUUUAGUUUGUCUCGUGACUGGUGUAACGUUGCAGUUACUCACAUUUGUCACAUUUGAAUAUAAUUUGGGGCUUCUCCUCGACAUCUUAUCCUAUGUGAUUCCUUUCUUGAUCGUCGUUCUGAAGUACGUUACGUAUUGUGCAAAGACCGAAUCAAUGAGAAAGCUAAUAGAAACGAUAAAGCACGACUGGAACACGCUGAGGAACGAAAUAGAGUACAAGAUCAUUCAUAAGUAUACUCAUAUUGGAGCGUUUUACGCGCAGAUGUUUGCAUUAGUCACCUAUGCGUUUCCGUUGCUCUUCGCUUCUAUACAUCUUAUACCGAAUCUGCUGGAUCUCGUUGCACCGCUCAAUCAGUCUCGUCCACAUCAAUUGAUAAUUCUGGUCGAGUAUUUCGUCGAUAUCGACGAAUAUUUUUCCGUUAUUCUGCUGCAUUUGACCGUGACUAUUUUCGUAGUUCAAAACACGCUCAUGUCCACCACAUCUAUGUACGUCGCGUACAUACAGCACGCGUGCGGAAUGCUCGAAAUAGCUAGCUAUCGCAUCGAACACGCUCUCGUCGAGGACGAGAAAGAUAAUCCGACUUCUGAAAGACGUUGCACGGCUUGCGCCAGAAUUAUCGGCGCCGUCGAUAUUCACAGGCGAGCCAUCGAGUUUUUCGAAUUCAUGAAGGAUACUUUUGUAAUAAUGUAUUUCUUUCUGCUUUUACUCGGCGUGGCGUCUCUAACUGUUAAUCUGUACCGUGCAGUAAUCACAGAAGGAGUUUUUGAAAGGCUCUUGUCUGUGUUAAACGUGUGCGUCCAUCUGUUUUAUUUCUUCCUCGUUAAUUAUGCCGGACAAAUGAUAUUGGACCACUGUAAUGAUUUUUUCACAAGAAUAUACAACUCCAAGUGGUAUGAUAUGUCAUUGCACGCGCAAAAAUUAAUAUUGUUCAUAAUGCAGAGAGGUUCGAAAAAUUGCAUAUUGCUCGUGGGCGGUUUAUAUAUCGCGUCGUUGGAAGGUUUCGCCGUGGUAACGAAUCACUUUCACGUAGCGGUCACGACAUUACCUUCGGCCUGUAUGUAUCAGCCUGUGCAGACGAAUUUUUCUGUUCCAGACUAUGAGCACAUCUGUGUCCUACUUCAUGGUAAUUUACUCGACGCAAUGACAUCGCAAACGAGAAUCCCUUCCGAUCGUUGUUACACAGAGGAAUGAAAUUUCAAUUA